CAGCUAAAACAACUACGUAGGGUAAAAGAAAGAAUAUACAAGGAGAAAAACUCGUAAGCUAAAUGGUCUAAUAAAGCUAUAGAUUGUACGUUUCAACUCUAUGUUUACUCAAAAACUCCCCAAGAAUGUGGAAACUUUUUAAAGAACUUACAGGUGACAGGCACAUUAGAAGCGAUAACCAGCUGAAUGUGUGUGACCUAGAUAAGUUUUUUGUACGUCAGUCAUUGGAUGUAAUGCUCUCUAUAUCUACAGGUUUGAAGAAUUGUUGUGUUCCUAGUUUCACUGAAACUGAUGUCCGAAGAUGUCUCCAGUCACUGAAUUCAUCCCAAUGUUUAUGACCUGAUGGUAUCCCAAACCUCUUUUAUAAAAAAAACAUGCUGACGUUCUAUGUCAUCUAUUCACGAGUAUCUUUAACAGAUCCUUCUCAACCAAUCUCAUACCGAAAAUGUGGAGAAAGACAAAAAUAAUCCCUAUACCUAAGAAAGUAUCUGGUGAUAAAAAUGUGAAACCUAGACCCAUAGCAAUAAAUUCACUUUUCCUCAAAACAAUGGAGAAAUUAUUGAUACUUCCACUUCAACCUGCGAUAAAAGAGCACAUUGAUCCAUAUCAGAUUGCUUACAGAUGCAGAAGAAGCACCUUAGAUGCCGUUGCUGUUUUGCAUCACAAUAUAGUAUUCAGUUUUGAAGAGGGUAAGAAGUAUGUUCGAUGCGCUUUUCUGGACUAUACUUGUGCUUUUGAUUCUAUACCAAGACAACGUUUACUUAACAGGUUAAUCAGCGUCAACACUGACAGCUGGAUAACAAAUUGGCUAUGUUCCUAUCUCUUUGGAAGGGACCAGUUCACUGUGUUUGGCGGAAAGUGUUCAAAGUUUCUAGUAUCCGAUGAAAGUGUACCACAAGGAGCCGUUCUUUCACCUCUUCUUUUCUCUAUUUUUCUGCAUGAUCUGCCAUCUACAGAAAACACUUCUGCGAAAUAUGAGGAUGAUCUCACUGUAUGUAUGCCGAUUUCUGCCUCUUUACAUCCCAUUGAAUUGAAUGAGUUUUUGUCUCGUGUUGAUUGUUGGUCUGUUGUUAAUGGUCUCAAACUUAAUCUGUCUAAAUGUCAAGCUGUUACCUUUGGCAUAAGACAUGAACGGCAUCUAAACACCAUUUUGAGAUCCCGUAAUGCUUGUGCCAUUGGAGACUCUUUGAUAAACACAGUGUCGAAGGUCAAUUAUCUUCGUGUUACUUUUUCCUCUGAUCUCUCUCGGUCUUCUCAUGUUUUACUGUUAUCGAAGAAAGUUUUCCGUUGAAAUACUUUGUUCUGAGAAUUCUAUAUUGUACCAAAAUAUAAUAUUGAAUAAAGCCAUUAAU